AUGGGCAUAGCGUCUGUUCAACUUUUGUGCGCUAAGGUGGCAUCCAUUAAGGCACUGACGAUACCAAAGUUGGAGCUGACAGCUGCGCAUCUCAUGUUGAAGUUGAUGGCUAAGGUGAGGGCGUCAUUGAGUCUAAACAUUGAUAACGUAUACUAUUGGAGCGAUUCGUCCUUCGUUUUGAGAUGGAUAAAAAUCGAGCAAUAUCGGCUACAGACAUUCGCGCGUAAUCGUGUAAUUGACAUACAAGCAUCAACAUCCACUGUGAGUUGGAGGCACGUUCCAUCCACCGACAACCCAGCGGAUUUAGCAUCGCGAGGAGUAUUGCCGAAAGUCCUGGCGGAGCGAAGACUAUAG